AUGAGCGGCUCGUCGGUGCUGGUUUGGCGCAAGGGAUCAAACCUGAUAAGCGCCGGACACCACCUCAUCACCAGCGACAGGCGCUUCCUGCUGCAAUCGUUCAAUCUUCAGCUGCGAGGCGCCAAGAUUACCGAUCAGGGCGACUAUACCUGCCAAAUCGGCGACGGCUCGCUGGGCGAUUUAAUACACACGGUGGAAAUUCUGAUUCCACCGAACUUGCAAAUCAUUCCGCCCGAAAACCAGGUGACCGCAAAACAAGGAGGAUCGGUGCUGUUCGAGUGUCAGGCGACCGGAAAUCCGGCCCCCAUCGUGCAAUGGUCGAAGAAGGACGGAAUACUGCCAUCAGGUUUGCAGGUCGAAUCUGGAUCAACAUUAUCGCUCAACGACCUGCAAAAGCAACACGCGGGAAUGUACCAGUGCACCGCCUCCAAUGGUAUUGGACAACCAGCCACGUCCGAAGUAAAGUUGCAAGUGUUGUAUCCACCAGAAGUGCACGUAGUUCGUUCCUGGUACAACACCGGCGAUAGCUUAGAGGCGAAGCUCAGCUGCUUGAUAAACGCGGAUCCGCCGGCCGAAGUGCUGUGGUAUCAGAACUCCUUCCCGCUCCAGCCGACGGACAAAAGGUCAAUAACCUCAUCCGGAACGACGUCGACGCUAACGAUACGAAACGUCCAGUUCUCCGAUUUCGGCAACUACAGCUGCGUCGUGCUCAACUCGAUCGGCAGAGACAAAAAGUACAUAGAAAUCUCGGGUAAACCCGGCGUCGCCGAGAUCAUCAGUCCCGGCUUCUCCAAUCCGAACAGCUACCGACUGACGUGGAACGUCCAGUCGGUCUUUCCGAUCGUCGAGGCGAAAAUCUUGUUCAGAAGACUGCUGAUCAACACGACUUACCACCACCACGACCAGUGGCACGACAUGAUCGUCAGGCCGAACGAGGUCAGCUUCAAUUCGGAAAGUACCGAACGCUUACAGCAGUACCAGCUGAACGGCUUAGUCGCCGACUCGGUUUACGAAUGCCUAAUACAAACGAAGAGUCAAUACGGUUAUAGCGAACUGUCAAACCUUCACCAGUGGUUUACGUCUCGCGUCGGCCGCCAAAUAGAAAGUGUGGGAGCUAGAUUAUCGUCAUUCUUUUCUACGAUCGUUUUACUCGUAGUUUUUAUUGGUUAUAAGAUUGUAUAUAGAUAUUGA